GCGGACUUGACACUAAUGCAUUACUGGCCAUACUGACACCCCUACUGUGGCUCAUUCACUGCAUUGAUUCUUGAGUGCAUGCAGAUGAUAGAUGCCCUGCCCUCCCUUUCAGCAAGUUGUUAGAUGAAUUAGAGAUGUCCUUCCUGAUUGUAGCAGAGUGCUGCUACUCAAUGAUGAAAGCCUCGCCCUUUUUCUUGCUCUAAUGGAGUUUUAAGUACAAGCCCUUAUGGAUGAUAAUGCAGAGCAAUAGUGAAAAGUCUGGGAGUCUGGCAGACAUCUCUGUGUGCAGGAAUCUAGUGGGAAAUUUUAGCCCAGACCUUUGUGUUUCCUGUCAGCGCAGAUGUUUUAUGUAUGUCAAUUAACCAUAAAUUUUUCAUCUGCCCCUUUAAUUGUAUUGCUAAGCUUGCACCCAUAACCAGCUUUUGUUAUGGUACCCUGAGAAAAUACAGACCAGAUCCACACACACGUCCGUGUUGACCUGCCAAGAUUAUCUGUGCGUAUUCAGUUAGAUGUGUUUGCAAGUGUCGUGGCUGCUGAUCUGUGAUGAGGGGAAACCGUUUGGAUGUAUUCUGAAGUCCCUCUGGGGCCUGCAGGGACUUGUGGGAAGAUGACCUGAUUUCUAAUUUUCUCCUCUCCUGCCUGGGCUCUGGGCUUCUCGCUUUCACAAUCGGAGAAAGCCUGAGAAGGGACCAUGAGGGGACGAUGAGCCGACCCAGCCAGAGCUUCUUGGAAUAUGCAAACACACUGAUGUGGAUUUUGUUGACGGAUCCAAGAGUGGCUUUAAAUCUUUGCCAGUAGAUUCAGGUGAGCUGCAAUGGCUGACUUGCAACAGGAAUAUCCUGUGGUCCUCCUGGGCAUCCUGGAGGAGCUGGCCAACAUGCGGCAGUGGCUGACAUUCCAGGACCUUUGUCGCAUGGUCAGCACUCGCUUCGACCUCGAGCACCUCGUCGAGCUCAGGGCUUUGCUGUUUGCUGCCGCCAGCAGGGACCCCUGUUUCCCCGCCACUCUGUUCCGAGAUCGGGUUUCCACCAGAGGCCACGGACUUUCACCCAUAGGGGUCGCUGCAGACAUUGUGACUAUCUUCAAUCUCAUUCAGAUGACAGGUGGGGUCUCUGAAAGCAACCAUCCAAUGAGAGCCCAGACAGUAAUCCCUGUCGACCAGUCGCCUGGUCCCAAUCUGCCUGGUUUACACCCCUUGAACAUUCCUAGUCGAGAACGAGCAAGCACUCACAUUGACGCCAGUGGGAGGCCCAUCGACCAGCACUUGCUUUUUCCAAAAUCAAAUUACUCUGCUCGCAAGCGAGGAAGUCUUCCCCCGGAUCCCAUUUCAUUUGUGUCCUCCCCUCCCACCCGGACGAGGGCUGUAUCUUUUGACUUGCCUCACACUACAUACUCAUACUCCAGCAGUCCAAAUCUUAAUGAGGUAAUGAAGAAUAUCUACCUGCCUCUGGAAACGGACAGUGAGUCAAGUGGAGAAUCUGCAGCAAUGGAGGUGUUCGAGGAUGAACCGGGAUCAUCAGUUGACCAGAAGAGAAGUGCCUUCAGGAAAGACUUCCACAACCAGCCUCCUCUGAUACCACAGGUGACAGUCAGCAGUGAGUCUCCUAGUCCUAAAUCAGGACAUGCAGGCUUUGACAACCACAGCUUUGAAAUGAUCCCAAAUCCUUAUCCAUCGCCUACAGCAGUUCAUAUGUCACCUGAACAGCGUGUUAAAGCUAAACAUGAGAGCUUUGAUGAUCUGCAGGAUUCAACCUAUUUUGGACCAGGUUCAAUGCCAGAGCCAUCUCCCCGACACCUUCGACCACCCAAGACACAGAGAGCUAUCUGGAGUAAUAAGAGUCACAGUCUGGAGGACCGAAUAGGCAUUGGCAGCAUCGAUUUGGGGAUGGAAUCACAGACAGCACAACUUCCAAGGCGAUCUACUCCUGUUAUAAGUGGGUCUUCGGGAGGUGAGAGUGUAGACAGUGGAUUGCCAAAUGGAGGUGAUAAACAAAAGGCUCAAGGAACACAGACUGACCCACCGGAUCCCCGGAGACUCCGGAGCCUGGUUCACGCUGAUCGCCUCUCUUUCAUGACUUCAUUAGAUGACCCUGAGUUUGGUGAAGAUGACAUCAGUGCAAUUUUUCGCUUCUUAGAUGACAUAAGCAUGUGUGGAUCCACAGGAGUGCUGCACCCCAACGAUGGUACUGCUAACCAGGACACGCCCGAGGCUCGACGUGGUCGCUUGGGUCAACUCCAAAGACUUUUCCAUUCCCUGGAGAGUAGUGAUGAUGGACUAAAGACCAGCGUCUGCAAGCUGUUGCUUCGUAUGAGUCAAAUAGAAAGACAACUGGAGUCACUGAAUGAUGUGAAGGCUGAGAUUUCUCAGGUACUCUCUGCUUUACAGCGAUUGGAUGAAAAGAUUCAGCAGCCUGUCCUUGGUGGUGGUCAAAGCACAGGUGGUAGAUGGCUUGAGCCUCUCAGUGGUGUGUCCUCUUUUAUGAGCCACCCUAUAACUCCCUCUGACUCAUCAGAGCCUCAGCCACUGUCUGCAACCGGACAUCUGUUUCCAGGGACCAGCACAAGUAGCCUGGACUGGAGCCGAUGGAACACCACUGGGGAUCAAUCGGAAAACAGCAAAGGUCAAACAGACUCCAAAGGGCAGAAAGAAGGGAAGAAGGACGCAUCGUCUCUCCAUGCCUCCAAAACCCCGCUUGAUGAAAAAAGUCCCUCUGAUAGCAAACAACUGAACAUCCCUAACUCUGCAAGAGACUGGUCAGUGUCAUUUUCAAAAAAUAAAGAUGGUAAAGCCUCGCAAAGAAAAAUUGGGCAGGGAGAUCAGUCAGAUAGCACUACAAACCUGCUUUCCCAAAAGCCUACCAGUAUGGUGGAACAAGUGUUUAACUCGUCCCUGUUCCGCCACAAAGAUAGCAGCCUAACAGGGGGGCUUGGAUCUGGGAAAGUCAUUGACCCCAGACUGGCUGAGGGAAGAGGAAGAGCCAUAUGGACAGUAGAUGACAGAGAGGCACGAAUCUCCCCUUUGGACCUGCAGGGUCAGGAGUCUCUGAAUCCCAACAACAUGGAGUUCUGGAUGGACGACAUCUACACUCCAGGCUACGAUGGUCUGCUCAGGCGUAAAGAAGUUAACCUCCGCCGACUCAAGAUAUGCAAGCUGGUUGCCCUCAUUGCCACCGUUGUGGCUAUUAUCAUCAUCAUUGUCAUUCUCAUUUGCACCAUGGGUACAUGAACACCCUCACAGAGAACAUAAGCUAUUGCUUAUUCUAUUUUCUUUUGUUCCUUCUUCAUUUUCAGCAGCCAUGUCAUGUACUCGGAACUUGCACGGCAUCCUAAUGAAGAUUAAUAAACGAGAGACCCUAAACUCCUGGACUCUAAAACUAGACUGGUGAUUUAUAAUAGUUCUUCUAUUUCUUAGCAUGAUACACCAUGGCUAAUUACAUCAGAAAAAACAUCCUGAAAAUUAUUUCAAUAUGUUCAACCAUUUGUUCACCACCAAUGGGUAACCAUUUUUUACCCAUUACUGGGAUUUAUUUGAAGAUAUAUGCUAUCAACAUAGCAGAUGGUCGCCAACAGAACUCAUUAUAUAUGAGAACAGUUCUGGUUGAACAUAUUGAAGCUAACAACUCUGAGCCAACUGACAAUGGUUUUUAUCUAUUUUAUUGUUUUUGGUACAUUUGCAUUGUAUUUCAGCACUGAGCACUGCCUGCUGUUCUUUUGAGAACAAUCCAGGGCUAAUUUCACACUUGUGUCAGAUUAGAGUUUUACCAGUAGGUGAGAGUUUGGGGGAUUUGUAGUAUUGGGUAGCAUAGACGAGGGUUAUUGUUUUCUUUCAGUUUGAAUGUACUUGAACUUCCUUUAAGCUACAUUACACACUGCUCACACAAGCUGGACUCAAUAAAAAUAUUAUUUUUAUAGAGUUCUCUCCCAUAUCUUUCAAACAGGAAAUGUAAUCUAUUUAAUCUGCUUAUCUAGGGUGCAGGGUGUUUACCAGGGGUCAGGUUUCAACAGUCAAAGAUGGUUGUUGUCGAUGAUGCUUUGGAUGUGGAACAGUGAAGGAGAGCGGAUGCCUCUUCCUGUAAACACUCUGAAUUCCACUUGCAACUCAAUUGAUGGGAAGACUGAAGUGCACCAAUGUGUACAUUAUCUUUUGACAGGACUCACUUGGCCAGAGCUUCUUUACAUACCUGUAGACUCACUCAGGAGCAUCAGAGCCUUCUGGUUUUCAUUCACCUGUCGGGCCAUAUUCCAUUAAUUGCUAACAGUCACAAGGUUAACUUAGGAAAGCAGGUAUAUUUGACAAGAUGUCUGAGAUAAAGCUAUGGAAGUAACUCAAAGCAUUUGAGGCUUUCAAAGCUCACUUGGGUCAAUCAAAGAAUGUCAAACCUUCAGUAGACGAUUUACUGAAGAGAAGGCUACAGGUGUCGCUCCCAUCAUUUUAGAACAAAAAACUGAGGCUUGUGAGACAGGCUCACUAAAACUGGGCAAUAAAAACUUUGAAAAUGUGGUUUGGUUUGAUAAAUCUUUAUUUCAGCUGCGGCAUUCAGAUAAUAGGGUCUAAAUAUGGAGUAAGCAUGAAAUCAUGGACCAUGUUAAGGAUUCAGGGUGGUGGUUGGGGUGGUAUAAUGGCAUGGGGGUAUUUUCUAGACACACUCAGGACCACUUAGCACUAAUUACACAUUGUUAAAAACCCCAGCCUACCUGAUUAUUGGUACUUAUGUCCACUCCUUUAUGACCAAAGUAUAGCAUUCUUCAAUGGCCGUUCUCAGAAUGAUAAUGCACCAAGCUCAAAUGGUCAUAAAUUGGUCUCUUCAACAUGAUAAUGAGUUCACUAUACAUCAAAAGCCUCCGUAGUCAUCAGAUCUCAAACCAAAACAGCACGAUGUUGGGAGAUUUGUGCAUGGAUAUGUUUGCACAAAAUGAUUUCAUAUGUAUCAGAAUCUCAGAUGGAACACCACCCUAAAGGAGAAUUAUCAUU